AUGGGUGCAUCGUGGGUGAUAUCACUCACUCAAGGUACAUCAAUGUAUAAAAAUCAGAAGCACCUUUGUGUCAUUCCCCUGGUAUUCCCCCAAAUGUCUAAUUCUGAAACAACCUCUGAUUGCUGCUCUGUUUGCGGUGGUGCACCGAAUGGUGGACACAGAUACGGACCGAUGGCUUGCCUGAGCUGCAUUACCUUUUUCAGAAGAGCAAUUUCUAGUGGAAAUGUGGGUGAUUGUAAGAAGCAGUCGGCUUGUGAGAUUAACCAUGAGAGCAAAAAUAGCUGCCGCAGUUGUCGCCUGCAGAAAUGUCUAAAUGUUGGGAUGAACCCCAAAGCUAUCCAACAUCGUGACCCAAUUGGACAACGAAGCCCACCGAAAGAUGACUCGGAUUCCCAGAAAUCAGAUCUUCAGUUCCUACUCGAUCUCCAGAAGAAACAACGAAUUCGCAAUCAGAAAUAUGGAAUUCAACUCAAAAACGACCGAAGUGUUAAGAAGCAAUAUCGUCCGGCAAAUGCGGACGAUAUCCGACUGACAAUGAGCUUGGGAUUUCAAAAUGCGAUCAGUUGGGCGAACCCUUUUGAAGCGUUCAAAAACUUGACGGAUUCCGAAAAAGCAGCGGUUAUGUCGGAAUUCGGAGUCGCAUUUGUGUUGAUAGAGCAGGCAUUUAAAUCGGCAAAGGAGGCCGAUGAAGGAGUCUGGUUACUUCAAAAUAACACAUUUCUGGGAUUGAAAGAAGGGGAGAGUGUGCAAGCAAAAAUUAAUUCCGAGUUCGUUAAAACUUUGCUGAAAACUCUCUGCGAACCAAUAAGAACCUUGCAACUCGACAAAUUUGACGUCUUUCCCAAACAACGCGAAACUCGCAAAUGCCGAACAUAGCCGAAAAAAUUGUCUGGACGAAUUUAUGAAGUAUGAGCUCACCAUGCAUGAGGACAAUGGAGAUGAGAGAUUUGGAGAAGUAUUGUUAUUAGUUAAUUCUGUUAGAUGUGCAGUAAUACUAUUUUAUAAUUAUACACAGCAAUCCGAUCUCUUCAAUGUUAAUAAUUUCGAUACGUUCACCAGAAAUUAUUUAGCUUCAU